UCUCCGCGUUUCUUUCUGAUCUUCCACCACCACUAUUUACGUCGACUUCAGAUGACUCUUCACACAGCGACCACUGACUUGUGGAGACUUUGAAUGGUGUGUUCACAACGUCAAAGAUCAGAUGAUGGAUAGAAAGGGCCGCGAGAAGUGGCCAGAGCGGCACGCCGGAAGCUGGGUCAAAGUGUGAAGGAGGCUGAAGAGAAAUGUGUCAUGUAAAGAAUUGUAUCGUUUGAAACGAAGUUCAUCGUAUUUUGGGUCAGAUUGCUAUGGUUAUUUCUCAGAUGCGUCCCGAUGUCCUUACUAACAGUAAUGAAUCGUGUUUUAUUUAUAUAGACACUUCCUCCACGAGUUGUUGUCAUCGUCGUGCGGACCGUCUAUGAGCGCAUUAGUAGCGAGUCGGGCUUUCCUGUUCCAUGCUAUGCCGGCAACAAUAUACAGGAUCGUCUGACGUAUCAUGUCGUAUUCCCGCUUCUUGAACAUUACUCGCUACCUCGCGGAUGACCCGUCAUCUGGUCUUCGUCGGAAUUGUCUCUACCCCGCGCCCGUCCGCCAAUCGGGACCGUUCGAUGGAAAACAUUCAGUCUAUGGUGAUCCCCAGAAGUAAGGCGCACCCCAAGGUAUAUAAGCUCCAUGCGUGGAGUCACCUACAGUAUAUCCGUAGAAAUUGUCAGGAUGGUUCUGUGGUUCUCCAAGCUUGUAUCUUGUCUGGCCAUUCAUGCAAGCAUACUCACACUUGCGUCGACCGAUGUUGCCGACGUUGUCGAUCUUGGAUAUGCGAAAUAUGCUGGCAACUUCACCUCCCCUCAUUCUGUUGCUUACCUGGGCUUGCCGUACGCCGAACCUCCCAUUGGUGAUCGGCGUUUCCGCGCCCCGCUACCGUUGAAUACGACUCGCCUUCGUUUGCAAACCGGAGGGCGCAUUGUUGAUGCAACGUCUUACCCUGAUUUCUGUGUUCAAGGUACUACUGGCGGAGGUGAUGCUGGAGGUGCUGGCAGUGAAGAUUGCUUGAAAGUCAAUGUGUACACUCCUAGAGGUGCCAAAAAGGGCGACAAACUGCCCGUACUCGUAUAUAUUCAUGGUGGAGGUUAUGUAUUUGGCAAUCCUCAAAACUGGCCCUUCGAGCACUGGAUCAACCAGUCUCCUCACGUUGUCAUCGUUUCAGUGUAUUAUCGUCUCGAUUCCUUCGGUUUCCUCUCUCACCCCACGUUUGCGUCUGAUCCUUCUCUUGGUGAUUUGAACGCCGGAUUCCUGGACCAGACUGAGGCCCUUCGAUGGGUUCAAAAGCACAUAAGUGCAUUCGGUGGUGAUCCUGAACGGGUGACCAUCAAUGGCGAAAGUGCCGGAGGCUCAUCGAUAGAGUUACAUUUAGUCGUCCCUAAUAACGACGGCCUAUUCCAUGGCGCCAUUGCACAAUCGGUCUAUCGUACCCCGGUGCCGACGCCUGAUCAGCAAGAGCCGCUGUUCAGUCACUAUGCCAAUGAAGCGGGAUGCGGCUCAGGCUCUCUCGCCGCUCAGGUAGCAUGUCUUCGAAAUGCCAGCAUAAGCGCAUUGGCGAGAGCGCAAGAUUCAGCUUUUAAUGGCUUAUAUAACGCAUUUCAUCCCGUCUUAGACGGCAAAAUCAUCUCAGAGCUGCCUACGGUCUCAAUUCUUAAUGGACGUUUCAGGCAGGUUCCACUAUUGGUUGGCGCAACAUCAAAUGAGACGUUGUCGAGCGGCACAAUUUCAUCCGCCCUGAAGUCCUUCUUUCCUGCUCUUUCAGACAAUGACCUGGCCGAAUUCGCUCAAGAGUAUCCUCUGUCAGCAUUCUCCUCAAGCGAUGAGCAGCUCAGAGCCGCAACCGGCGAGUCCGAACUUCGAUGUGCUAGAGAGAUAAUGGCUGGCGCGUUCUCCAAGGUGACGAACGCGUUUGCCUACCGUUAUAACCAAGCAAAUCCUACAUCCUCUUCGCCAGCUGUGGAUCACGCCGCAGAGAACUGGAUGAUGUUCAGAGGAACCAACACGGGUCCCAAUGGUUCGACUACGUUUACACCAAUGACGCCGACGCAGGAGGCUUUUGCAGAAGAACUCAUCGCAUACUGGCUGUCUUUCGUGCGAUCCUUCAACCCCAAUACCUUCAAGCUCUUACGUUCCCCUAUUUGGCCGUCGUAUCAUGCGAACUCCCCUGCACGGAUCGUUCUUCAAGAAGGUUCGGCUUCAUCGAGCGGUAGUCACGUUGAGGCCGAGCCUCAGGCGGAGCUUGCUCGUUGCGCAUUCGUCGUUAGCAAAGUGAAGGCGGAGCAGAACUGAUUAUCUCGUUGCAUGUCAAUACUAAUGCUCGUUGUACGGAAUGUGACUUUAUGUGAGUUCCGAGCUCUAAUGGAUCACGCUCAGCUAAGUUGCAUCAACAAAGCUAUACUACAAACAUCACAGUCCUACGUGCAUGAAUGUCGCCCAUCUUGAUGCGGGAGCCCCUGCCCGUCGUAAAUCGUGUACUGCAGCGUCCAGAGCAUACGGAAUACAUCUGUAGUCAGGUUGUCCAUACUUGAACAUCUCCUGGUAAACCUGCUUUGCCACCAACGGUCCAUCACUAUCUGCCAUAGGCCUGACGGACUGGUUGAGUUAUUCAGCUUCAU